AUCCCCACCCGGGGUGAAAAAAAAAAUAAAGGAAAAAAAAAACGGAGAGAAGAGCGUCGUAACGGAAGAAGUCGGCGACGCGUCGGCCCAAACCCUAGACCCGCCGCCACCGCCGAUCCGCGGUUCCUUCGCAAUGGCGAUCCCCACGCCUUCGCCAUCGGUCGUAGAUCAGCCGUCCCCUCCCGCGCCUGCUUCCGCCGCCGCGGCGGCGUCUCAGCCGCUAGCCGGCGAUCCGGCUCCCGAGGCGGCGGCGGCGGCGGAGGGGGCGGGGGGUGAUCAGACGGCCCCGGCGGCCGCCGCCGCCACCGGCGCGUCGCUGUACGUGGGAGACCUGGAGGCGAGCGUCGGGGAGGACCAGCUCGUGGCGCUCUUCUCCCAGGUGGCGCCCGUCGCGUCCGCCUAUGUGUGCCGCGACAUCGCCGGCGGCAGAAAGUCCUUGGGAUACGGCUACGUCAACUUCAUGUCGCGUGAAGACGCUACCCGUGCCAUGGAAAAUCUAAACUUCACCGUUGUCAAUGGGAAGCCAAUCAGAGUCAUGUUUUCGAAUAGGGAUCCAACUCUGCGAAAAAGUGGACUUGCCAAUGUGUUUAUAAAAAAUCUUGAACCGAAUAUUGACAACAAGAGUUUGUAUGAAAUGUUUUCGUCUUUUGGCACAAUCCUCUCCAGUAAGGUUGCCACAGAUUUCAAUGGAAAGUCUAAGGGUUAUGGAUUUAUACAAUUUGAGAGCGAGUCGUCUGCUAAGGAUGCUAUCAAUGGCCUAAAUGGCAUGUUGGCUAAUGGACAAAAAAUAUUUGUUGGAUUGUUCAUCCGCCGGCAGGAGAGAGAACACACUGGAGACGCUAACAACUUUACUAAUGUAUAUGUGAAAAAUUUACCAAAACAUUUUAGUGAUAACGAUUUGCUAAAUGAGUUUUCAUCAUUUGGUGCAAUUACUAGUGCUAUUGUCAUGAGAGAUGCAAAUGGAUUGUCGAGAUGCUUUGGGUUUGUAAACUUUGAGAAAUCAGAAUGUGCUAGAAAUGCAGUUAAAAAUCUCAAUGGGAAGUCCAUUGGUGAUAUGGUGUUAUAUGUUGCAAGGGCUCAGAAAAAAUCAGAAAGACAAGCUGAGUUAAAAGCGAAAUUUGAGCAUGACAAAAAUCAGAAAUUUGAGAAGCUUCAAACAGUCAAUCUAUACUUGAAGAAUUUGGAUGAUGACAUCAAUGAUGAGCAUCUUAGGAAGUUGUUUGAAUGUUUUGGUGAGGUAGCAUCAUGCAAGGUCAUGCUUGAUUCGCAUGGAAGGAGCAAGGGUUGUGGAUUUGUAUCUUUUGCAACUGUUGAAGACGCUAACAAUGCUAUUUUAAAAAUGAACGGGAAAAUGGUUGGGAAAAAGCCAUUAUAUGUUGCCGUAGCUCAACGGAAGGAGGAGAGAAAGGCAUUUUUAGCGGCACAUUUUGCUCGUGUUAGAGCCCUAGCAACAAUGGCACCUACAUUAGGGCCAAACAUUGCUCCCCAUCAGUUCAAUUUUGGCCAUGGUGUGCCUGCCUUGUUCCCACCACCACCACCUGCAGGCUUUGGGUUCCAACCAAAUUUUGUUCCAAACAUGAUGAUGCCAUAUAACAUGCAAAGGCAGCCUGGCCAGAGGAGUGGUCCUCCGCAUGGAGGAAUGCCUAGACAUCUGCAUAAUCCUCACCAGAUGUUUCACCAAAAUGCCAACCAGGGCUUCAGACACAUGCCAAAUCGUAGGAAUGGUGUGGCCAACCCAGCAAUGUUGCAUCAGCACCAUCGCUUCUCUAGCCCAAUGCAGCCAAUGCAACAAGCUGUCAAGCAUGUGGUGCCCGUGGGGGAAUUGCAAGCUCCAAGCAAUAACCUUCAGACUUCCUUGGCUUCUGCGAACCCGGAACAACAACGAGAGAUUCUUGGCGACAUGUUGUUCCCGCUCGUCGAACAGCUGGUGAACGAGAAAGCUUAUAAGGUGACUGGGAUGCUGCUUGAGCUGGACAAGACUGAAGUUCUGAACCUCGUAGAGUCUCCAGAUACUCUCCGGGACAAGGUUGCUGAGGCCAUGAAGGUGCUGGAGUUGGAGGCUACCGCCACCGCCGCCGCCGCCGCCGCCGCUUCAGGCUCCGGCGACGGCGACGCCGCCGCGCCGUCCUCCUCCAGCGCCGCCUGAGCGGUGUUGGUGGCCGGAUGAAUUAUCAUAAUAAGAUGAACUUUUGAAGUCGUGUGUUUUGGACUUGGGAACUGUUUAGAUGACUGUUCAGUUUAUGACUUUAGCAGCUUGCGUUUGCAGAUUAUUUGGAGUAUUGGUUAUGGUUGUGUACUCUUUAUGUUUAUUUUUUUUCUUUUUCAUGUGAUGGUACACUGUGUGUGGAUGGUUAAUUAGGAUUUUUUGUUGAAAUGGAUCCUUAUUUCAGACUCAAAAGUUCGGUUCUUUUAAAUGUUUUGCUAGUUGUUAUUUCUCAAAUAUGGUAAUUUGUGAUGAAACAUAGGUAAUUAGGUACUAGUACUGUUU